CUCAUAUCUGAAUACUCAAUAUCGGACUUGACACUCAACUAGCUAUCUGCCUAAGCUAUCCACCUCGGCUAGCAAUUUAGUAGCAUCCAUCUAUAGCAUACAAUGGAACACACAGCGACGCCCAUUACAUUGCCCGCGUGGGUUCAGUGUCCGGUGACGAUUGAGGGCUUGUACGCGCAGCAGGGCACGGAAGUUGCCAAAAAUUCACCGUUUCUCCGAUACAAAUACUGGGAGUACCGCGACGACCCAACGCAGGAGGUGAUCGGUGAGGCAAUCCCCGAAUACCUCAAGAAAAAAGUGCGCGUGGAACUCAUCGGCAACUUUGAGUUUCCGGUGGCCGGAAAAGUUGUACGUCUCCACGUGCGCAAGGGCCAGGAGAUUGGCUACGCUGGCGAGCUUCUCGCCGAGGUUUUGGAGGCGUGCGCGCACGCGGUGCAAUUCGGUGGACUCUGCGCCUUGUGCGGGAUCUCUUUGGAAGAGGAAAAGACGUAUUCUGGGUAUUCAUACGAUGACAGAGCACCGAUCUCGAUGUCCCAUGACACCGCGGGGUUGAAGAUCUCGCUUGACGAGGCGGAGCGAGUGGAAAACACCUCCACCAAGCGCUUGCUCGAUGCCAAGAAGUUGAUUCUCGUGGUUGAUUUGGACCAGACCGUGAUCCACGCGACGGUCGAUCCCACCGUUGGCGAGUGGAUGAAUGAUAAGACAAACCCCAACCAUAGCGCUUUGGAGGGGGUGCAAGCGUUUUCGCUCGAGGAGCACCCUGUAUUGCCUCCGCUCUAUGCCGGGCCAAAACCGCCGCCAAUAAAGUCCUGGUACUACGUGAAGUUACGUCCCGGCUUGGGGGAGUUCUUAGAGCGGGUAUCGAAGAUCUACGAAUUGCACAUCUAUACCAUGGCCACGCGGACUUACGCAGCAAACGUGGCCAAGAUCAUUGAUCCUGAAGGCAAAUUCUUCGGCGACCGUAUAUUGUCGCGUGAUGAGAGCGGCAGUAUGACCCACAAGUCGCUCGAGCGCUUGUUUCCGGUAGAUACAUCCUUGGUGGUGGUUAUCGACGAUAGAGGUGACGUGUGGCAGUGGUGCGACAAUCUCAUUAAGGUGGUGCCAUAUGAUUUUUUUGUGGGCAUUGGGGACAUUAACUCCAGCUUUUUGCCAAAGCUCAACCUGUUGAUCGGCCCGUCGAAGCGGAGAAAGUCGAUUGAGGAGCUUGAGGAGAAGAUUCACAAAGAUGACAAAACCGAGGAGACGAGUGAGGAGAGAGGGGAAGAGGAGGGGGAGGAGGAGGUUGUGCGCGACCACGAACGCGCUGCGUCAUUAGAAGCCCAACAGCAGGAGCGCCCGCUCGCAAAGUUGCAGAAAGAUCUCACCAGUAUCGUCGCUAAAGAGCACCCAGACGAUCCUGUCGAGGAAAGCUUACUCUCUGACGAUGACGGCGAGUUGGAUAACCUCGGAAACACUUUGUACAAGGUCCACGAGUGCUUCUACGAACAGUACUCAGGGCACCAGCCAGGGCCCGAAAUUGCGACGGUAAUGCCUGCAAUGAAGCGUGACGUCCUCAAGGGUCUCACGUUCCUCUUCCUGGGGUUGUUACCGUUAAACAAAAACCCUGAAACGGUGGAUAUUGUCAUUUGGGCCCGCUCCUUCGGUGCACAGGUUGUGAUGGAGCCGUACGACUAUGUCACCCACGUGAUUUGCAAGAACCCCGGUACAUUCAAGGUGCGAUACUCGCGAUCCGAGUUGCCUGACUGCCAGAUCGUCAACCCCGACUGGUUGUUUGAGUGUUUCUCCAAGUGGGAAAGGGCCAACGAGCGCAAGUACUUGAUAUUUGAGGAGCGGUUUGUUAAGUUGUCGGAAGCGGAGAUUACAAAGUACAAGACGAGUUUGCAGCGGAAGGCCCCUCAGCCCGAGGUUGCGAAAGAGGAGACGUAUGAGACGGUAGAUAACAUGGACUGGGACGAUUUGAACAAGGAAGUGGAGGACUUUUUGUCGUCUGAUAACGAUGAUGAAGAGGAUGCGGAUGAUGAAGUCCCAGAAAGCGAGGCCAAUGGCUCAGUCAAGAGAACGCAUGAGUCAGAGGAGGAGGAGGGAGACUUGAAAAGGCCAAAGAUCGAAAGUGUGAGUGAAGAUGACAUGGACGCGUUGGAGAAGGAAUUGAUGCAAGGCUUCGAGGACAUGGAGAGCGAGGACGAGUAACAGGCCGUCGGUUGUAAACCCGUUUGUAUUAGUAUACGUAUCUAUAUGAUGGCACCAGGAAAGC